AACAGUUUAUAUCUAGUGUGCUGUGUCUCACAUGCAGACCUGAACUCUCCUCCUUGAUUAGCUGUUUCAUUUUGGUGAAUCAAGACAGAAAGUGGGAACAAUGAGGAGCCAGAAGCUGGGUUUCCUGUCCAGGCUGCUCUGCAAAUGGCCUCCACAGUCGUCUCUCAUCGGUAAAUCAAUGCUUCCUGUGCUCCUGCUGGUCAGACUGGUGAUACUGGGAGCUGCAGCACAUACGGCCUGGGGGGAUGAUGACAAGUUUGAGUGUAAUUCUAGAAUGCCAGGCUGUAAAGAGGUCUGUUACGAUCAGCUCACACCUUUGGCUGCUACACGUUUGUGGACACUACAGCUGCUUCUAGUUUUGUCUCCGGGUCUAGUUUUCCAUUGCUACUUGCUCCACUUGAUCAACCAGGAGAAUCAGGUAAAGAAGGCUGAUGGUAAGGUCAAAGGUCACGCUCUGGGCAUGUACCAGGCCUGCAUGGUGUCUGUAAUACUGAUAGAGGUUGUGUUUGUAUUGAUACAGUCACUACUCUACGGCUUCUGGGUGCGUGUAAACUACAGCUGUUCAAGGUUUCCAUGUUCCCACCACGUCGACUGUUUCGUUCCUCGUUCGGGGCAAAAGACCAGUUUCCUCUUCAUCAUGUUCAUCACAUCCUGUGUUUCUCUGCUGCUGAGCGCCGUGGAGCUGAUAUGUGUGAUGGUGAGGAACAGGCAGCAGCACGGAGCAGACGUCGUUCAGUCAGGGUCAGAGGUCACAGAGGAUCCAAGCUUCCUGGAGCAGCUGCUGAGCCUGUGGCACUGUCACUCCAGCCUCUUAGGUAAAACAAGCCUCCCAGUGUUGCAGCUGAUCCGUGUGGUUAUGGUGGGAGCAGCGGUGCAGCCGGUCUGGGACAAAGAGUUCACAGGAUUUGUUUGUGACACUCAACAACCAGGCUGCACUCACGCUGCAUUCAGUCACAUCUUCUCUUUGUCUUUGCAUCAGUACUGGACUCUGCAGGUGGUUCUGAUUUUGGCUCCUGGUCUGAUUUUCCUUUGCUACUUGGUUCAUGUCAUCAUGCAGAAUAAAAAGUGCGACCAAUGAGCUCAGGUUAAAGGUCACGUCCUCAGGGCUUAUCUGGGUCUCCUGUCAGCAGGUGUUCUGCUGGAGGUGGGAUUUGCUCUGUUUCAGGCUGUAACAUUCGGCUUCUACCUGUCCAACACCUAUAAAUGUGGCAUGAAUCCAUGUCCGGGUCAAGUCGAUUGUUACAUGUCCCAGACAACAGAGAAGUCGUGGUUCAUUGUCAUCAUGUUCACUGUGACGUGUCUGUCAGGCCUGUUUACUCUGAUAGAGCUGUGUGUGGUGCUGAUCAGAACGAGACCCUGGAACAAACAGCAGAACAACAAGAUCUCAGAGACGUCUGGAUUUCAGAUGGACCUCAAAGAAGAAGGAGCCACUGCAGAGAGCAAUGAAAGCUGCUCUAAACUCAACAUCUGAACUGGGAGGAAGAGAAGGUUGUUGUGAGGAUGAACUCUCAAACCUGCGUGACUCCUUGACACUUGUAAUUUUGUACCUGUAUGAGAUUAUUUUCAUUUUUUUGUGAUAUGCAAUGUUUUUUGACACAAUAACAAAAUGUACAUUGUCUACAUAUGUGUUAAAUUUCCCAUAAAGACGCAGAUGAGA